GUGUGCAUAGAUAUAGGCGUGUGAAUGAAAAUAUAUAACUGUACCUGCUUAUAUACAAUGGGUUUACAGUGGGUCUACAGUGGGUGUUGGGAGGAUUAGUGGGGUUAUGAGAAGCGUAUAGAUUAGUUUGUACCUAAAGGAGGCCUAGCUAGAGAGGCUUUACGGCCGUCAUUGACCCUGGAAGAGCCCUGAAAAGGAGCUCCAAUCGGGUAUAAUGCAUCAUCAUCAUCAUCAUCUCUCUCUCUCUAACUGUGCCUGCCCGAUCCUCGCCUGGGAAUUCAUCCACUGUGACCGCUGGGCACGCACUCAUGCCUCUAAAUUCGCCCCAGACAAGCUCGCCCUCAUCCACUUCCGACCCCCUGGCAGCAAACCCCCCCAUAGGCAUCAACGCGAACACCCCUCUCAAUCUCGGGGGCGGCCGUCUGGUCCCUCCUAGCGACUCAGCCCGCCUCCUAGGGGUGAUGCUGAACUACACCUCCUGCCCAUGCGGGAGCGCCUCCGAGAGGCUCGGCUCAGGGCCCUCUCGCGCAUCGCGUCCACCCCAGCGUUUGCCCACCCCAGGCAGCUCCGGGUACACCACCCCGGGAGGUGCUACACUCCUACACAGACACCCAGAGCGCACUUCUCAACCUCCGGCACCCCUCCCACGGCUCCGGGUAGUACAUCGCCCGCGAGACCACCCGUCUGCUGGAACAGCGCCGGGAGCGAGGGGUGGCACACCCGCUUCUACCGGAUCCCCGCGCACGUGGGGGUCCCAGGCAAUGAACUGGCAGACAAGAUGGCCAAGAAGGCCACCGGAUGGCGCCCUGGCACCCCCGCUAUCAGGGUUCGCAAUCAAGCCGCUGCAAUCGGCAGUGGAUUGGUGGAGUAGGGAGUCGACACCAACGGCGUGGAAGGAGGACUGGCAGCGCUCCGGCAGCUGCUCCCCGAGGUAAGUAAGCGACAUUUAGACAUCUACAAGGGACUCACCAAAAAAAACAACUCUUUCUCGCGGAAUCGAAUUCUUGAAAUUCUACGCCCAAAC